ACAGACUACACAGAGCGAGGAAGUAAGGGAGACAAUGGAGAGGGAUUGUACUUCAUAGUAACACCCAGAGUGUGUCACCAAGUACUUUAGUAUAUAAAAGAGGCGAGGUUCUUGCUAAAGGGUUCAGAGAAUUACAAAGACUCAGACAGAAUCAAAGUGUUCAGAGGCUAAGAUAAUCAAAGGUUUUUUACACUGAUUCAGAGCCAACAAACAGGUACAGCUGCAUUCAUCCCACACUUAAACAUCGCUGACCAUGUGGACUUUUUUACUUGUACUGGUUGCUACUGGAUUCCCAGCUCCACUUCAAGCAGCGCCGAUUCAGGGACACCGUGGUAAAUGCAGCUUUGCUGGUGUUCUCCAUGUGAAGGGAACCAGCCAAUAUUCUCUGACUUACCAGCAGGCUUUGGAAUUGUGUCAGAAUUUAAGCUACAAACUGGCAACAAAGGAGCAGGUUAUUGAAGCUUUUAAAAACGGCUUGAGAACAUGCAGAUAUGGCUGGAUUGAUGGCCAAAAUGUCACGUUCCUCCCACACGUCAAAAAUCCAGAAUGUGUCUCCAGUUACACUGAGGUAACCUUCCAUGCUGAAGGGGCAGACUAUCUUUCUGAUGUUUACUGUUUUAACCCAUCAGAUUCAUUUGAUCAAAACGACGAUUCUGUUAAGUCUGAUCCUGAGAUAUCUACCAAUGAAAACACAGUCACAACAAACAUGAAACCAAAUGACGACAUUCUUAAGGAGGCCAAGACUGAAGGCUUUCUAGUAGAUGAAAAAAAGGUGAUGAAAAAGAGAAAAAGAGAAACUUCACUUCUGAAUGAUGAUGUAAUCCCCACUCCAAGUGGUUCAAACACACAGCAAAAUGUAGAAUCAACUCUUCAGACUUCAGACUCUAAAGACCUUGAACUGGUCAGAAUGGACACUAUGGGCAAUGAAGGUUUCUCUACUACAAAAUCAGAUGAGCAACCAAUUGAUAUGGAGCUCCCAAAAACACAGGGGGAAAACAGUGACACACAUUCAGCUGUCCCUGAUACAGCCAAUAUAACCAUAAAACCUUCUACUGUUCCAUCCUUGGAGGAACCCAAUAAAGUAACAGACACAGAAGACACCAAAGGUCCUGCAAACAAGCCCCACUUUGGGAAGAGAUCAUCCUCUAUCGUCCCUAAUAUCUUGUUCCCUGAGACAGAGGGCAGUGGAUCAGGAUCAGAUGCUAGAAUACUGUCAGAAGCUUCUGAGCCUACUCAAUUUACUACAAGCCCAGUUACUACAGAGGUAGCUGAGAUAGAAUCCUUCCAAAACAGUCAUGAGGAGGUUCCAAAACAGGACACCAAUCCUGAAGCUUCAGGUGGAUCUAAAAACCGAAUGAAUGUUCCAGUUUCACCUCCAAACCCAUCUGGUCAAGAGGGGGAGGGUACACCUGCUUGGCUGAUAAUCUUUGCAUUCUGUGUGGUUGUUGGAGCCGUACUGUGCCUAUUUGCUGCAAUUGCCACUAAAGACAAGUGGUAUGGACCAAGACAGAGCAAAAACACAACGUCUGAAGAGUAUAGUAAAGCAGUAACUCUGCCACUGUCAGAGAAAGAGCAGGAGAUAGUGACAUUGAUGAGUGCUGGUAAUCUGAAGAAUGAUACAAAGGAGAACAUUACAGUUACCUGUGUGGAUGAGCGUGAGAGAGAAUAUUUGAUGUAGCACAAGUGAGGCUAAAUAGAGGAAAAAUUAUGGACAUAAAAUGCCGGCUUUGACUGAAGCACUCAAAAUGUAUCGAAACCAAAGGUACUUUAAAAGAACUUAAGAUGGUGUAUUCUGAUUUUGGUAAACUCUGCUGCUCUGCUUCAAUGCACUCAUAUUAUAAGGAUUUUUACUGCUCAGAGUCAGAUUUUUAGUGCAGUUUGCUUUCGUUUUGUUGCUACAGUAUCUUUGUCAUCCUUUUUUACAUUUCUUAUUUCUUUUCCUGGGAGGCCCAUUUCUAAAGUAUUAUUUUUUCAAUAGUACAUAAUAAUGCUUAUCUCUUAUUGACUUAUGGUUAAGAUUUUUUGUAUGUUUUUUUUUUUUGUACUGGUUGUCAACAUCCAUUCGUAAGUACUAUGUACUGUGUGAGAUAAGAUAAAUAUUUUGAAUGUUAGGAGAAACUGCAAUGCCUUCAAGGAUUGCAGAAAUAAUUUCCAAAAUGUAUUGCAUUGAAGCAAUUGUGCAUUCGUAAAAGGCAUUUAUUAAAGUACCCUUAAAAAUGUAUUUUUACCCUCAGAGUUAUGAGCCUUUCAAUAAAAUUUCUGAAAAGAUAA